AAAUGUCUCAGUAGUUUUUUAGCAUUUCACUAUAUCUGGAUCUGGUUAGAAGUAAAUCUAGUUCAUUUACAAGUUCAACAAUGCCAAUACUAAACACAUUUACAAUAUUUUUGACAUGUAUGUGCCUGUUUCCUAACUUGGUAGCUGUAGUGAUGCGUAUCGACUGCACAUAUGACUUCCACAGAAUAACCUACAUAAAAUGUUUAUCAGUGGCUUACGACAAAGUGGCGGAUUGCAAAUUUUAUAUUGACACUAAACAUUCUAACCACACUGUUAUUAAGAAUGCUACUGAAAUCCACUCGACACUUGGGAAUGGAUUAUACCACAACAACUGUAGCCUUCAAAUUCCACUUUUGACACUAGGCCCUGGUUUUCACGACAUUUCAGCCAUAAUGACCCUGGGUACCGAAGAUGGAGGAAAAAUGAACAUGAGUAGUUCAGUUUCGAUAAAUAUAACUUCUGCAUGGGGCUAUCUCGACUGCGCAUAUUACAUUUACAACAGAAAAGCCUUCAUAAAUUGUUCAUCAGUGGCUGACGACAAAGUAGAGGAUUGCAAAUUUUAUAUUGAAACUAGAUUUUCUAACCUUACUGCUAUUGAGAAUGCUACUGAAAUCCUCUCGACACCUGUGAAUGGAUAUUUCCAGAACAACUGUAGCCUUCAAAUUCCACUUUUGAAACUGGGCCCUGGUGACCACACGAUUUCAGCCGUAAUGACCCUGGGUACAGAAGAUGGAGGAAAAAUGAACAUCAGUGAUUUUGUUGAGAUAGAUAUAGCAUCUUCACUAGAAGAAGUUCAUUGUAAAGCUAUAACUCAUGAUGGAAGAUUCGAGACAGUUACAUGCUGCGCUAGAUUGGUGUAUUUGAAUUUCAGCUGUGAUUUUACUCUCUUAAUGAAGGAUGCACCGAAAUACCCCGUAGGAAAUGUGUCCUACGUCAAUUACGCAGACGCAUUCGACAGUUGGAUAUGCAGUGAGAAGUGUACAUAUACUGUUCCAUUUGAAAUCGUUCAGGCAGAAUUUCACUCCUACCUUUUUAACAUGUCGCUCAUGAAUGGCUCUGACAUUAUUGAGGUUAAAAGAAGCGCAUCUGACGCUGUUAAAUAUUAUGUUCCGCCAAAGUACACCAACAAUGUCUGCAAGCUGAUGUCUUCUUAUGGUGUCUUGUACCUGGCAAUGGUCAUGUGGGCUCUGCUGUGGAAGUUGGCUUGAAAUUGACUUUCAUCUAAUUUGCACUUUCAACUUCUGGAUUUUUUUCUCUGUCGAUGUAGUUGUCAAGCAAGAUAUGAAACAAGCCACAGUGAUUAUUCCUCAUGUUGUUUUUUUGUUUGGUAUUUUGAAAAAAAAUAUGUAACCUACAAUUAUGUACUUCAUACAAUUAAUGACAUAUAUUUUUAAGCUAGCAGAUAACUUUUUUACGAACCAAUCUUUAGUUAUCAUUUUCUUACAACAAUUUUUGAAAAGGCUAAGUCUACAAACAAUUUCAAUUUCAACAAAAUUAUUUGAAAGCUCUGUGUAAUACUGAAUUUAAUGUGGUUGAAUUAACUAAAAGACUUUUGUGUUUUAUAAAAACAUUUUUAUAGAAAGUAGUUUUUUUAUACAGAAUUAUAUCUUUGAAAUUAUUACACAUAAUUCAAAAUAAAUAGCUAGUUCUUGAACAAACACACAAUUCAUUAUACA